AUGGCUCGCACUCUCGAGGCUGAGACGCCGCACAAUAACUUCGACACAAUUCUCGUCCUCGAUUUCGGUAUCCCUUCAAAUAACAAAAGCUUACUCUCGUUGAAGUCCCAAACCAGUCACCUUAUCCUGCGCCGACUUCGCGCCCUGGGCGUUUUCGCUGAGCUGCUUCCGUGCACCACCAAGAUCGCCGACCUGACAUGGAAGCCUAAGGGAAUUAUCUUCUCCGGAGGUCCCUCUUCUGUCUACGACGAAGGCUCGCCCCAUGUUGACCCCGCCGUGUUUGACUUGAAUGUCCCUAUUCUGGGAAUUUGCUAUGGUUGCCAAGAGAUCGCAUGGCGCAUCGACUCCAAGAACGUUGCUCGUGGAGAGGCCCGAGAGUACGGUCACGCCGAUGUCAAGGUCACUAAGGUUAACGCUCAUGUGGACCGACUCUUCGCUGGUUUGGGUGAGGACGUUUCCGUCUUCAUGUCUCACUUCGACAAGCUAGUUAGCCUUCCUGCGGGCUUCGUUGUCAUUGCUGCUACCAAGAACUCGGAAUUCGCUGGUAUCGCCCAUGAGGAGAAGCCAAUAUUCGGCGUCCAAUUCCACCCUGAGCUCGAACACACCCCCUGCGGAAACGAGAUCCUCCGCAACUUCAGCAUUGAAAUUUGUGGAGCUCAAGCAAACUGGCAAAUGGGCGACUUUGUCCAGCUCGAGAUCGCUCGUAUCCGCGAGCUUGUUGGCGACCGAGCCCUCGUUCUUGGAGCUGUUAGCGGUGGUGUUGACAGCACUGUGGGCGCAAAGCUAAUGCAGGAAGCCAUCGGAGAUCGGUUCAAAGCUAUCAUGAUCGAUAACGGAUGUUUGCGUCUCAACGAGAGCCAGCAGGUCAAGGAAAACCUCGGAAAGCACCUCGGCAUCAACCUCACCGUUGUUGAUGCUGCUGACUUGUUCUUAAGUCGUCUGGAGGGUGUUUCUGACCCCGAAAAGAAGAGAAAGAUCAUUGGAUCUACUUUCAUUGACCUCUUCGAACAAGAGGCUAUUAGAAUUGAGAAGGAAGCAGAGAACACCCCCAACACCGGCAAGGUUGAAUGGUUCUUGCAGGGAACCUUGUACCCCGAUGUUAUCGAAUCCUUGAGUUUCCGUGGUCCCUCUGCUACUAUUAAGACCCACCACAACGUUGGCGGUCUGCCUGAGCGUAUGAUGAAUGGCCAAGGCUUGCGUCUUAUCGAGCCACUGAGAAUGCUCUUCAAGGAUGAAGUUCGGGCAAUCGGUCGUCAACUCGGCAUCCACGAGUCACUAGUCGGCCGACACCCCUUCCCCGGUCCCGGAAUUGCCAUCCGUAUUCUUGGUGACGUUACCAAGGAGCGAGUUGAGAUUGCCCGCCAAGCCGACAACAUUUUCAUCAGCAUGAUCCGGGAGGCUGGCCUCUACGACCAAAUAUCCCAAGCUUUCGCUGGUCUUGAUACUAACCGCAGUGUUGGCGUCUUUGGUGACCAGCGUGUUUGGGGCUACAUUGUCAUUCUCCGUGCUGUCCGCACGAAGGAUUUCAUGAGUGCGGAGGUGUUUAACUUCGAUAACGCCUUCCUCGCGAAUGUUUCGCGUGCCAUCUGUAACCAGGUCGAGGGCGUGGCCCGUGUUGUCUACGAUCUGACCUCCAAGCCCCCUGGCACCAUUGAGCUGGAAUAG